GACAAAAUUCGUUAUGAGAGCCUGACAGACCCUUCCAAGUUGGACAGUGGUAAAGAGUUGAAAAUUGACAUCAUCCCCAACCCUCAGGAACGCACUCUGACUUUGGUGGACACAGGCAUAGGCAUGACCAAGGCUGAUCUCAUAAAUAAUUUGGGAACCAUUGCCAAGUCUGGUACUAAAGCAUUUAUGGAGGCUCUACAGGCUGGUGCAGACAUCUCCAUGAUUGGGCAGUUUGGUGUUGGCUUUUAUUCUGCCUACCUGGUGGCAGAGAAAGUGGUUGUGAUCACAAAGCACAACGAUGAUGAACAGUGUGCCUGGGAAUCUUCUGCUGGGGGUUCCUUCACUGUACGUGCUGACCAUGGUGAGCCCAUUGGCAGGGGUACCAAAGUUAUCCUUCACCUUAAAGAAGAUCAGACAGAGUACUUAGAGGAGAGGCGGGUCAAAGAAGUAGUGAAGAAGCACUCACAGUUCAUAGGCUAUCCCAUCACCCUUUAUUUGGAGAAGGAACGAGAGAAAGAAAUCAGUGAUGAUGAAGCAGAAGAGGAGAAAGGUGAGAAAGAAGAGGAAGAUAAAGAUGAUGAAGAGAAGCCCAAGAUUGAAGAUGUGGGUUCAGAUGAGGAAGAUGACAGCAGUAAGGAUAAGAAAAAGAAAACCAAGAAGAUUAAAGAGAAAUACAUUGAUCAGGAAGAGCUAAACAAGACCAAGCCCAUUUGGACCAGAAACCCUGAUGACAUCACCCAGGAGGAGUAUGGAGAAUUUUACAAGAGCCUCACCAAUGACUGGGAAGACCACCUAGCAGUCAAGCACUUCUCUGUAGAAGGUCAGUUGGAAUUCAGGGCAUUGUUGUUCAUCCCUCGUCGGGCUCCCUUUGACCUCUUUGAGAACAAGAAGAAAAAGAACAACAUCAAACUCUAUGUCCGUCGUGUAUUCAUCAUGGACAGCUGCGAUGAAUUGAUACCAGAGUAUCUCAACUUCAUCCGUGGUGUGGUUGACUCGGAGGAUCUUCCUCUGAACAUCUCCCGAGAAAUGCUUCAGCAGAGCAAAAUCUUGAAAGUCAUUCGCAAAAACAUUGUUAAGAAGUGCCUUGAGCUCUUCUCUGAGUUGGCGGAAGACAAGGAAAACUACAAGAAAUUCUAUGAGGCGUUCUCUAAGAACCUGAAGCUUGGAAUACAUGAGGACUCCACUAACCGGCGACGCCUGUCUGAGCUGCUGCGCUAUCAUACGUCCCAGUCUGGAGAUGAGAUGACUUCUCUGUCAGAAUACGUCUCUCGAAUGAAGGAAACACAGAAGUCCAUCUACUACAUCACUGGUGAGAGCAAAGAGCAGGUGGCCAACUCUGCUUUUGUGGAGCGAGUGCGGAAGCGGGGUUUUGAGGUGGUGUAUAUGACUGAGCCCAUUGAUGAGUACUGCGUGCAGCAGCUCAAGGAGUUUGAUGGGAAGAGCCUGGUCUCAGUUACCAAGGAGGGCCUGGAGCUACCUGAGGAUGAGGAGGAGAAGAAGAAGAUGGAGGAGAGUAAGGCAAAGUUUGAGAAUCUCUGCAAGCUCAUGAAGGAAAUCUUGGAUAAGAAGGUUGAGAAGGUAAGCAGCUCUGGGACUAGGAUGUAUUUUGAAUACUUCGGGACAGCCUCCCUUGGGAUCCCAUGUUGCUACUACACAGUGGUUGAGGCAUCCUAUUUUGUUUUUGUUUUGAGACAGAGUCUCACUCUUUUCCCCGGGCUAGA